AAAACUAAGUAACAUUUUUCGUACACCGAAACUAAAUGUCUUUCGAAAGAGUACGAAAUAGUAGUUACGUAAUCACACGAGGCGUCGUAUUCUUUUAUUGGCUAUAUUAACAAAUGUAAAUUUGUGAACUGAUCGAUUUAAUUGUCCGCGGAGACAUUCUCCCACAUUCUCCAACCAACUUUCGUUGUAAAAAGUUCACGUCCAUCGCACAUUGAUGGAAACGUGAUAACGAAAGCAUGUGUAAUCAGUACGCAAGUGCUCGUUUUAUAGUGAUGUACAAGAAAUUAUUUGCAAUUAAGAGUCCAUAAGAUGCGUAGCGUAAUAUUAAAUGGAAACGUGACGAGUUUAUAGUAACGACACAAAAUUUAACCUCUACGCGAAUGCAUAGAAGAGAGUGAAACAUAAUAGCGCGGUUGGAAUGCGAAUAUGAUAACUACGAGUACCGCCUCCUUCCCGAGUUUCGUAGUGUAGAUGACGAAAAUUGUAGAUUCAGCAACCAGAGUCUAUAAUUAUAAUAGCAGACUGUGGUAAAGUGCUACUGAGCAAAGUGCACGUGUCGUGGAAGACCGUCAAGUACUCGUGAAACAUGUUUAUCAAGAACAUAUUACAGAGUUUAUAAUUUUACCGUCGGUAUAACGUUUUACGAGUUUAACCUACCGUGUACCAUACGAAUGUAUAAAAUGUUCGAAAUCAUAAAUAGAGAACUGCUACCAAUAAAAGCGCACUAUUUUCUAUUCAAUGCUGCUACUGGACCAAUAGUGCCAUUUCUACCAACGAUAGCUAAACAAUUAGGUUUCUCUGGGUUUUUAGUCGGAACUAUAUACACGAUACUACCAAUUUCGGGUUUAAUAGCGAAACCCUUGUUCGGUGGUUUGGCAGAUAAACUCAAAAUUCAUAAAAUAUUGUUUCUAAUAUUUCAAGUAAUAGUUGCUAUAUCUAUGUUCAUGAUAAAUUUUAUACCUAAAAUAGAUAGUACUGCGAACGUUACUCUUAUUUGCAAUGGCGACGCAUCUUUAGAAAUGUGUUCAAAAAAGGAAUUUUCUAACAGUGUUUUAAAAGAUGUAAUAACAGAGACCAUGCAUUUAAAUGAAUCAUGUCAGGUAUCCUGUAAGGCUACAAAAGAAAUUUACACAGAAAUGUGUUUAAAUUGGAAAGCAUCUAAAUUUUGUAAAGCAGCAAAUUCAAGUCAUAUUGCGAAUUCAGAAACAUUUGACUUUACUUUAGGAUUCGAUGUGUUCCAUGAUUCCUAUUUGAGCAAGUGCAUAUACAUCAAAAUUCUUACGGCUACAUUCUUGGAUAAUGUUGCACAUAAGCCAGCUUGUAAAAACUACGUUAAGACAACCUGUACAGCCACAUGCAAGAAAAAUCCAACUUUUAAUCGGUUGUUAAAAGAGGUCAAAGAUUCUCAGACCAACACCAUGCAAAGUUCGAUGUAUCAGUACCAAUCGUUUCUGUCUGCAACUAUAAUAAGUUGGAUUGGAAUGGCAGUUGUAGUCAGUAUAGCGGAUGCUAUAUGUUUCAAUCUCCUUGGUAACGAAAGGAGAAAGGAUUACGGGAAACAGAAAAUGUGGGGCAGCAUUGGCUUUGGUAUUUUUGGAAUAGCCGCGGGAUACUUGGUAGAUUUUUUUAGCGAAGGACAACAGCAGAAAGAUUAUACCUGUAUAUUUUAUAUUAUGUUGAUCACUAUGAUAUUCGAUAUUAUAGUAUCAACAACUAUAAAGAAGAAAAACGCAGAAUCCUUAGAGGAUGAGCCAUCGAUAGUGUGGGAACUAUUUACGGUCUGUAAGCAGGCUAAUAUGUUGACCUUUGUAUGGUGGUGUAUAGGAGCUGGAAUGUGUACUGGAGUAGUAUGGAAUUUUCUAUUUUGGUACACCGAAGACUUAGCAACUAGUUCUCAACUAGCAUGGCUUAAAACCUUGCAAGGGCUGUUGACUGGUAUACAAUGUUUUUUAGGAGAACUACCCUUUAAUUUUAUCUCAGGAACUGUAUUACGAAAACUAGGCCACGUGAACGUUAUGAGCUUGGUUUUAUUGAUUUAUGCAAUUAGAUUCAUGGCAUACAGUACAGUGUCAAACCUAUGGUGGUUUUUAAUUAUCGAGAUACUUCAUGGGCCAUCAUUUGGUCUCUGUUGGCCCACUAUGGUUUCGUACGGUGACAAAGUAACGCCACCUAAUACAAAAGCCACUAUACAAGGAUUUAUUGGUGCUAUAUUUGAAGGAAUUGGUACAUCAAGUGGCAGCUUAAUAUGUGGAUGGUUAAUCAGCAUAUACGGUGGUGUUACCACAUUCAGAGUAUUUUCAAUAGGGGCAUUGGUAUGGUUGACAUGCUUUUGGCUUAUCGAAUUAUUACUCCGAAAAGUUAAAGCGUCUCCAAUUCACAUGGGCCACAAUCAUUUGACAAAUUACGCUAAUCUAGACGACGCAAUUCUUAUGACAAUGAGUCGCGAAUUGCAAACCUAUUAAAGAUAAACAUAAAAUUUUAUUUAGAAAUUUGAUACACUUAUAUAUUGUUUACUUAGCAAUGGCUGUUCUAAUAGAACGUGGUAACAAUUAUUGGUACUUGAACUUUUCAUGCAUUCGCAAUUAAUUUUAUGUCAUUUUAUACAACGUCGCUGUGUAAACAAAAUAUUGUUCAGUAUUAUGUACUAAUAGCAAAAUUUUAUUAUUAUAA